CCAGCCGGUGCCACAGAUAUGCUAGACGAAGGUGGAGAGCUGGCUGAGGUGCUCUGUGAGUUUGACGCAGUGAUUGAAGACUUCUCAUCUCCCAUAAACGAGCGCCACUUCCAAUAUGAAGAGCACCUGGAGCGGAUGAAGCGGCGGAGCAGUGCAAGUGUCAGUGACUGCAGUGGCAUCAGUGACUCUGAGAGUGCAGAUUCGCUCUGCAGAAACAGUUUCAGCUUUAGUGAUGAAAAGUUAAAUUCUCCAACACUGUCCACUCCAACUGUAUCUGCUCCAACAAUAGCUUCUCGAAAAGCAAAGCUUGGAGACACAAAAGAACUAGAAGACUUUAUUGCUGAUCUUGAUAGGACCUUGGCAAGUAUGUGAAACAAGGUAUUUGGGCACAAUCCCUGCCUUCAAAAGGAUGAGGUUGAGUCUGGGCUGACUCACCCUUUGACUGAUGCGACAGCCAUCUCUUCACUUUUAAACAGUCACAA